AUUACAAGCAGGUAUCCAAUAGUCGGUGUAAGUUCGGUGACUAGUCAGUGAAUUCAGUGAUUUUUUUUCGUAUUCCCAUCACUCGAGUACAUUUUACAAGAAAACAAUCUCAAAAUGAACGGUCUUCUGUUGUGUUUCGUUGUCGCCGCAAUCGCCAUGACCACAGCUGAGCCACCAAGCGGUUACAGCCGUCCGUCGCAAGGCGGGUUCGGUGGCGGUUACUCGUCCGGCGGAUUCGGCGGUGGUUACUCGUCUGGAGGCAGCGGAGGCGGAUACUCGUCCGGUGGAUACUCGUCGGGCGGAUAUCCGAGCGGCGGCGGAUACUCUUCUGGCGGCAGCGGAUACUCGUCCGGCGGCAGCUACGUGCCCGUCGCUCCGGGACCGUCCACCUACGAAGGACAGUACGUUGACUCACAGCUGCUCGAACAGAUCAAGCAGAUCGUGCUCAGAGACGAGUCCCAGAACUCCGGAUCGUCCGGCGGAUACCCGUCAUCGUCCUACGGCGCCCCGUCAUCCUCUUACGGAGCCCCGUCAUCCUCUUACGGAGCCCCGUCGUCCUCCUACGGAGUCCCGUCGUCCUCUUACGGCGUCCCAUCUCAAUCGUACUCGAGCCGCGUCGUCGGAGUCGAAUUGGAACAGGUGAAACCGGCCAUCCAAGUGGCUCAAUAUCAACAAUCCUCCGGCAGUGGUGGCUACUCCUCUGGCAGCGGUGGUUACUCUUCCGGCCCGUCCUCGUUGUACGGAGCACCUGCAAGGCCGUCCUCGUCCUACGGAGUGCCCUCAUCGUCAUACUAACGGCUUUUGGCUCGUUAGACGUACCGACAACAACAAUAACAUCAGUACAUCGACUCAUUGGCUCUUUUACAACUGCGCCACCAUAACACGAGUGCACGCGCGAAUCGCUCUUUGCCACGUUUCACGUGCUUAACGUGUAUUCGUGCACGUAUCCUGCCCACACGUUUACAAAGCACAUUUAUUCAUCAAAUGCGGUUAUUAUGUGUACGUCGGACCAGUGUGGCGCGACGUAAAAGAGCGAUUUUUUUUCGUUUUUUAAAUAUAUAAUUUUUUUCUUUUUA